GGGCGGACGCUCGUGUAGUGUUGUUAUGGUGCGUGUGAGUGAGUGACGGAGCUCGGAUCGAGGACAUGAUGUUGGGAGGAAUGGACGGGAAAGAGUAUGGAGCGCUGCACGCCGCAGCGGCGGCGGCGGGGUACACCAUGGAGGGUGACCCCAGCGGCGGGGCAAUGGGCAACCCAGGCGUGGGCGGCGGCACGCAACAGUAUGGCGAGGUGAACCAAUUAGGUGGAGUUUUCGUCAACGGCAGACCUUUACCAAACGCAGUCAGAUUACGGAUAGUGGAGCUGGCGCAACUAGGAAUUAGGCCCUGUGAUAUCAGUAGACAGUUGAGGGUAUCCCACGGUUGCGUCUCCAAGAUCCUGGCGAGGUACCACGAGACCGGCUCCAUCCUGCCUGGUGCUAUCGGCGGCUCCAAACCCAGAGUCACAACGCCCAAGGUGGUGUCCUACAUAAAACAGCUGAAAGCGAAAGACCCCGGCAUCUUCGCGUGGGAGAUCCGCGACAGACUGCUCGCUGACGGUGUCUGCGACAAAUACAACGUGCCUUCAGUCUCCAGCAUCAGCAGGAUACUGAGGAACAAGCUCGGCGGCGGCGGCACCUUGUACCCCGUGCCCCCGCUGUACCCCGUGCCCCCUCAGCGGUGCUGGCCCCUGCACCAGCCUUAUGACUACUACGUUUACCUUCAGGGCCGGCAGCACGCGACAGGCAAUCCCCACUCGUUGCCACAUCCCCACCAACAGCCCCCACCACACCACACGCAUGCGCUCUGACGUCACGCAUACCCCACCAAUCACGAGCGGUGACGACGCCACACAAAAGAAAAAACAAUGAAGCAAACCGCAUGCGACAUCGAAUUGCCGCAUCGGAUUUUCGCUAAAAUAGUGAAUAGCGAAGUGAUUUCAGAACUAUACUCACACCAGUGAUGCAGAUUAUAGUAUUACUUGCUGUAAAUAAAUUGUGUAAGAUAAUAGAGAAAGUAUAGAUUUUAUAGGUUAAGAUAACGUUCAAAGACUUGGAUUUUGUUUGACUGAAAUCAAUACCUACUGAGUACGUCAUAGUAUCACGACUAUUUUUUAUCAACAUGCCGCUUAUCUCACACGCUUACAUAAGAAUAAUUAAAAUAAGAAGCUGACACAUAAAGUAGACAAGGAUAUUUAACAUAAUGAUAAAAGAUAAAACUUUUGAAAAGUCGCAGUACAUUGAGACAACCUGUAUAGACGAUAUACCAUAUGAAUGAAAGUCAGUGAUAUUUGUGUUCUGAAAUUAUAUUUCAGGAAUAUGUUAUCAUACUAGUUACUUGCUUACAUCUAAUUCUUGAGUAUCAGUCAAACAAAUACACACACAUACCUAUUUAUGUUUUGUAUGGAGGUAAAUUAUAAGAUGGUGCAAUGUUGUACAUAUUAUUAUUAUCGUUGGAUUUAGAAUUAAUAUUACCAGUAGGUACUUAAAUAUUGUAGUUAUGUAAUCUAUUGUAUGUACGUGUAUUAUGUUAUGAGUCUGUAAAAAUAUUUAUGUGCUCAGCAAAUCUCUUUCCAUUUUGCUACAAGAAAUAAAUUGGUUUGUUCUGAUUAA